CUAGCAUUAGCCUGUACUACGUAGCAUUGAACUUCGUCAGUUCAGUUCGCAAAGCUUCCCAAAUCCAUUCAUUCAAUACAAUACAACAGCUUUAUCCUAUGACAGGUCUAUGGACUUAUCACCAUGGGGGAUAAACUAACCCAGUUGCAAGACGCUAUUGAUCAGCUGGCGCAGCAAUUCGUCGCAUCUAUUUACUACAUCAAUCGGCAUCACAACCUUGAGACGCUUGGUCCCGGUGAUCAAAUCCGAGAUAUAAAGCAGGAGCCAGACCAGCAAGAAGUGGAUCCUCAUCCAGACGACGUCUUCAAGGCAUCGCAAGUCGAGCUCGCUCAGGACCUCAUUACGAAAGAGCAACAGAUCGAGUACUUGAUCACCCUACUUCCCGGCCUCGAGAACAGCGUGCAGGACCAGGAGCGCAAUAUCAAAGAGUUGGAAGAGGAACUAAAGGUCGCCGAAGUGCAACGACAAGAGGCCAUCAAGGAGAAGGAAGAGACUAUGGCCAAGUUGGACACAGUAAUUCGUGGAAUCAGGCGCCCUUAAGUCAUGACUACCUACUCAGGCUACACUACGAACGGAUGGAAUUCGUGAUACCCCGGCUAGGCGUUCCGGACCUUUGAGAUAAUUUGAAUUUGGAUUUUGCUCCUCGCACCAUCUCUAGAGACGCUAUUGACGUGACUAGGGUGAAUUCGACCGUAGCCAUGGUAUUCUAUACUGCUUUUUGACGAUAUGCCCUAAACGCCUCUUGCCAUACCUGUGCAAC